CCGGAAGGAGCUGACGGGAGCUGGGACCUCGGCAGCCAUCGCGCUUUGCAGUUCGAACUAGGAGGUUGUAGGGCGGACUCUAGGUGGGGAAUUGCGAUCUCUCCAUUCGCAGACCCAGUAAGAUUUCAAUAUGUCCUUCAUAUUUGACUGGAUUUACAGUGGUUUCAGCAGUGUGCUACAGUUUUUAGGAUUAUAUAAGAAAACCGGUAAAUUGGUAUUUCUUGGAUUGGAUAAUGCAGGAAAAACAACAUUGCUACACAUGCUAAAAGAUGACAGACUUGGACAACAUGUCCCAACGUUACAUCCCACUUCAGAAGAACUAACCAUUGCUGGCAUGACCUUUACAACUUUUGAUUUGGGUGGACAUGUGCAAGCUCGAAGAGUGUGGAAAAACUACCUUCCUGCUAUCAAUGGCAUUGUAUUUCUGGUGGAUUGUGCAGACCAUGAAAGGCUGUUAGAAUCAAAAGAAGAACUUGAUUCACUAAUGACAGAUGAAACCAUUGCUAAUGUGCCUAUACUGAUUCUUGGGAAUAAGAUUGACAGACCUGAAGCCAUCAGUGAAGAGAGGUUACGAGAGAUGUUUGGUUUAUAUGGUCAGACAACAGGAAAGGGCAAUGUAUCUCUGAAAGAACUGAAUGCCCGACCCUUAGAAGUUUUCAUGUGCAGCGUGCUCAAAAGGCAAGGUUACGGAGAAGGUUUCCGUUGGAUGGCACAGUACAUUGAUUAACAACCACUUGCAUCGGUUCCAGGUCUCACCAUUCAGGCCUACUCAGAGAUUUGAUCCACUCAACAUGCAUAACUUGAAUUCAAUAGACUUUUGUUGGUUAGAAAACAGAUUUUUUUAGAUUAUUAAUAUUAUAUCAACUUAAUUUGAGUGCAAAUUGAAAACUGAUUCAAGUUUGAGUAUCACAAUGUUAGCUUUCUAAUUCCAUAAAAAUAGUUUAUACAGUUUAUAAUCUGACAUUAUCCCCAGUGCCAUUUAUAAAGAACAACUUUCCAGCAGUACAUUUGAAGCACUUUUUAACAACGUGAAGCUAUGAAUACAAACCAUGUUUAAAAGCUCAUCAUGUUAAAUUUUUAUGUACUAUUUUGGAACUAGUUUUUAAAUUUUAGAUUAUAUGUCCACCUAUCUUAAGUGUACAGUUAAUAAUUAGGUUAUUGAUGAUUGCAUGAUGCCUUACAGUUUUCAAUAAUAUUUUUUCUUAUGCAAACGUCAUGCAAUAAAACACACCCUGAUAUUUGGCAUC